UGUCAAGUAACAACUAAACUUUUCUGUUGUUGKUCAAGUGUCUUUAGUUUUUCUCUGUUUUUUUAACCGAUCUAUUCUAUAAUGGAUGAUACUGAACUAACGUAUAGGUUCUGGAGGAUACGAAAGACCGUCAUGCAGAUGUGUCAUGACAGAGGGUAUCUUGUCACUCAAGAUGAAUUGGACCAAACAUUAGAACAGUUUAAAGAACAGUUUGGAGAUCGUCCAAGUGAAGGAAGACCAUCAAGAAGUGACCUGUCCAUUCUUGUUGCUCAUAACGACGAUCCAACAGAUCAGAUGUUUGUGUUCUUUCCUGAAGAACCAAAAGUUGGCAUCAAAACUAUAAAACUAUAUUGUCAGAGAAUGCAAGAAGAAAAUAUAAACAGAGCAAUUAUUGUAGUACAGUUAGGAAUGACACCAUCAGCCAAACAGGCAUUAGUUGAUAUGGCUCCAAAGUAUAUACUAGAGCAGUUUGUAGAAGCUGAACUAAUGGUUAACAUUACUGAGCACGAGCUUGUUCCAGAACAUGUUGUUAUGACGCCCGAAGAAAAGCAAGAAUUGUUACUAAGAUAUAAAUUAAAGGAGCAUCAACUGCCUCGUAUCCAGGUUGGUGACCCUGUUGCUAGGUACUUUGGUCUUAAACGAGGCCAGGUGGUCAAGAUUAUUCGACCAUCUGAGACAGCAGGCCGAUACAUCACUUAUAGACUGGUUGUUUGAAAACGACCAGGAUGUCAAUAUCACUUAUUAACAUAAUGUAUAUAAUAUUAACUGAAGGUCAAAUGUCGCACUUGUAGACCUUGGAAACUUACUGAAAUCUCAAUGGGAAUCUCAGUAGGUCAAUAUCACAUAUAGAGACCCUAUCUCUUACAACUUAUUCCCAAUGCAACUCAACAUUGACAAAAAAUAUAUAUAGUUUUGCAGUAGUGAGAAAUGAAUUUCAUUGUUUUGCCUUCUGAAUUGAGCUGCUUUGGAAAUUGCUGCAAGGGAGCUUUUACUGGGUUUCAAACAGUUGAUGAAACUCUUUGAAUCUCAUUAUCUGCUACAAAUGGUUGUCAAACACUGACCGCCAUGUGCUGUCAGCCAAAAAGAAUUCUAUCGAAAAAUUGCUAUUCAGAAGAGAACGUUCUUCAUGAGACAGAAAGCAACAUCAAGUGAAACCCAGCAAUUGACUUGUGAUGCAUUCAUAGUCCUUACUAGCGAUCUAAUCUUCAUUGCAUAAGUUUUGCUGUGAAAAUAUUUUAAGACAUUAGACAAUUUAAACAAAAUAUAAACUACUUUCUCGAGAUCAGAGUACUGAAAUAUUUUUUGGCUGCAUUUUGGAUAUUUGUUGCCAUGUUGGUUGACGAUAACAAAGCAUUCCUCGUAAAGCUUCUUUUGUUAACCAACAUGGUGGCUGUUUCAUUGUUAUUUAUAUCUCUAGGGAUUUUGAGUCAUGUAGAUGCACCCCAUGAAUUCUAGCUAAUUUUUAGAGCUUGUUGUACAUAGCAAUACUAGCUAAGAAGAGUCGGAACCGUAAAUGAAACAACAGGUGGUAACUUGUUGACCUUGAGUUCCAUUGACUCGAGUACAGGUGGAUUUUUAUCGUAUUCCAUGUUUACUAAACAGCUUGUCAAUAUAUGUCCUUUACCCACCACCUGCUGACUGACAGAGCAGAUAUUAAUAUUGGAUAUUGACUUGUAUUCUUGGUUUGCAAUCAAUCCCAAGAGAGCACAAUAACAAAAGGGAUGUCCGCCAUGUUGGAAGAUAUAACAAAAGAAUUCAUUGAAAAAUCUUUUGUCAAAUUUUUCCAACAUGGCGGCUAUGACGUCUAUUGCAAACGAAGAAUACAGGUGGAUUUUUAUCGUAUUCCAUGCUUACUAAACAGCUUGUCAAUAUACGUCCCAUUAUCCACCUGCUGACUGACAGAGCAGAUAUAAAUAUUGGAUAUUGACUUGUAUACAGGUGGAUUUUUAUCGUAUUCCAUGCUUACUAAACAGCUUGUCAAUAUACGUCCUUUACCCACCUGCUGACUGACAGAGCAAGUAUAUAUAUAUAAAUAUUGCAUAUUGACUUGUAUACAGGUGGUUUUUUUUUAGCGUAUCCUAUGUUUUUUCAAUAAGUCCUUUUUCCACCUUUUGACUGACAUAGCAGGUAUAUAUUGAAUACUGUAUUGUAUUUUCUGAAAAAGCCGUCAAUAUACAAUGUGCUCAUGUUGUAUAGACCACUUGUCAUGUUGUACUCUGCCUCAUAAACUUGUAGAAUUCUUUGUUUCAUUUGGAUUCGGCCAAUCAAAAAUGUAUUACUGAAUUCAGCCCUUUGAAGGUUUUAUAAAGAAAGACCAAAGCCCGAGAAAGUGUGCGUAGCGACCCACAGGCCUAAUAGAAGAAAGUUGAAAUGUUUCUAAAAAAAAUGAAUAAAAGGCUUUGUCUAUCGAUUUACAGACAGAUCAAUGAUAUUUCAAUUAUAUACCUCGUAAAUAACAGAUAGAUAUAUCACUUGAAUAUUCCUUUUUACUUUGCCGAAAAUUGAAGAAGUUGAGCAAUAUACCAAACAACAAAUAAUUGUGCGAGAAACAGGUAGUUUUAUCAGAUAUCUACCGAAAAGGCGUCACGCAGAUUGUUUUGUCAUUAACCUGCAACUUCGAAAACUAGUUUUCUAUUUGUUUUCUCAGGGCCAAACGUUCAAUUUUUAAGCACGUCAAAAAUAAAAUGUGUACGAAACCAC